CGUGCCAGGACUGGAGGGCAGUUAGGAGAGUGCACAAGUACCUGUGUGGGGAGGCUGGUUAACGGUCAGAUCUGACACAGCAUGAAAAAAGCUGCCAGGACAUGUUGCUUCAGAAGCUAAACACUGGCUUACUUCUGUCCAGAUGGGUUUACAUGAACGGAGCUACACAUUUGUGACAUCACACAUAAGAUUAAACAUUGGUCAUCUCUUCAUUUGGAAAUCAUAAAGUUACAGUACCUGGAUAUAUCUACAUUUGUUUUUGUUUUUUCCACUUGGAAGCACCGUAUAAAUAUACAGAUAUAUAAACUGAAACAUAAAAAAAUGACUUCAGAACUGGAGAGCAGCCUCACCUCUAUGGACUGGCUUCCCCAGCUCACAGUGAGAGCUGCCAUUCAAAAUACAGACUCUGUCCAGAAUACCCAUGGAUCUGGGAUCUCCAAGAAGAGUGCCCUCAUUGACCCCAACACCACACUGGACCAGGAAGAAGUACAACAGCACAAAGACGGGAAGCCUCCAUAUAGUUACGCCAGUCUCAUUACAUUUGCAAUCAAUAGCUCACCAAAAAAGAAAAUGACUCUUAGUGAGAUUUACCAGUGGAUCUGUGAUAAUUUCCCCUAUUAUAAGGAGGCCGGAAGUGGCUGGAAGAAUUCUAUACGUCACAACCUGUCAUUGAACAAGUGCUUUCUGAAAGUGCCUCGAUCCAAGGAUGACCCUGGAAAGGGUUCCUAUUGGGCAAUAGACACAAAUCCAAAGGAGGACGCGCUACCAGCACGGCCAAAGAAGAGGCCUCGAUCUGGAGAGCGGGCCUCAACACCAUACAGCAUAGAUUCCGAUUCCUUGGGAAUGGAUUGUAUAAUCUCUGGAAGUGCCUCUCCGAACCUGGCUAUCAACACUGUGACUAACAAAGUAACUUUAUUCAACACAAGUCAGGAUGGCAAUGAUAGUCCUCGAAGUAGCCUUAACAACAGCCUUUCUGAUCAGAGUGUGUCAUCCCUAAACUUGAACAGUGUUGGCAGUGUACACAGCUAUACGCCGGUAACAAGCCAUCCAGAGCCAUCUGCUCCCACAUUAACACAGCAGUCACAGUACAGCACACCGGAACGAGAAAAACUUUUCCCAGAAUAUAACUUUGAAGAUCUCAGCGAUUCAUUUCGAAGCCUGUACAAAAAUGUAUUUGCUCAAUCUAUAAGCCAAGGAUUGAUGAAUCUCCAGUCGGAACCCUCCCAGCAAACGCAUUCGCCUUGUUCAUAUCAGCACUCCCCUAGUAGCACAAUGAGUUCUCAGCAACACGGUAGCCAAAAUAACCUGACAAAUAGCCAUGCAAGUAAUCUUGGCACAACUGUAGGUGACUCUAUGGGGCAGGUGCACAUGUCUCACACUCCACUACACACACAGCAAUCCCAGCAGUCCCCCCAUAUACAUCACACUGUAGUACAUCACCAGCACCCACAACAGCACACAUCUCACUGUCACCAACAAGCUUCACAUCAACCACAGCAUCAGCAGCAACGCACUCCACAUCCUGCUCAACAUUCGCAGCAUCAAGCACAGCACCAGCACAUACAGCACCACCCUAACCAUCAGCACCAGUCUCUAGCACAUCAGACCUCUCUAUCACAGCAGUCUUUGCCCUGCAGUACAGACUGGUACUCCACUCUAGACAUGCUCAAAGAAAGCUGCCGUAUUGCCAGCAGUGCCAACUGGUCUGAUGUGGAUCUCUCCCAGUUCCAGGGUUUGAUGGAAAGUAUGAGACAAGCAGAUCUUAAGAAUUGGUCACUCGAUCAAGUUCAGCUUGCAGACCUGUGCUCCUCGCUCAGUGAGUUCUUCAAUCACACUGGGUUUAUCCAUCCACAGAGCAAUGUACAGUCACCUGUAUGUCAUGGGAACAUGCAUAAUACCAAACCCACACAGCAUCUCGGAACAGGAAAUUUAUAUCUUGAUUCAAGGCAAAACGUUCCAUCUUCAAUGAUGGGGCCUCCGAGUUAUUCUCAUAUACAACCUAUGGGCACUACAGGAUCUGGAUUGUCAGGACACCAUGGAGUAAUGAAUCAGCCUCACAUGAUGCCAUCCUCAAACUUCCACAUGCGUCGCCCUCUUCCUGCAGAUGACAUCCAAGAUGACUUUGACUGGGACUCUAUUGUAUAGCACUGUUAAAAUACAGUAGAGUUAUUGUCUUGUUACCCCGUACUAGUCGUAUAAGUGACCAUGAAUGUGAUACGGUAAAAGGUAAAGGCAUCCAAAUGCGGACAGUAAAAGCGAUACUGUUAUCGGUGUUGACUUUGAAGACAAUCAGAACUAUUCUUAGCAGGAUAAAUGAAAUGAGUGCUUCAUUUGACCCCAUAAGUCUUGUUUAUCUCCCUGAUAAGCUGCAACCGCUCACUAUUGUCCUGUGAUUCCCAUCAGCUUGUUCAGCUUUUUGUAUUUACUAAAGUCAGCCACAUGUAUAACACUGAAAUCUGGACAGAACUUCUUCCAGCACAACACUUCACUUAUCAAUUUGCAUUUCAGAAACCCUCCUCGGACAGAUUACAUUUCUGGGAUGCUCUCAUUUAUUGUUUGUGGGGUUUUUUUUUUUUGGUUUUUUUUUAUAUAUAUCUUGUUUAUUUAUAUGACAAUGAAUUGUGUACUCUGUGCGCUCUUCUUUUAUUUUGAAGGAUUUUUUUUUUCAACUUUUUUUUUUUUUUUAAUUGUGUGCUCCUACACUGCCAUUUUGCAAAGUAACUUAAAUGAAGGUUGAAUGGAGCAUGUUGUUCUGUGCCAUAGCAGUUAGUGCAAUGUCAGUCAAGGUGACCUAGUUGCCAUUUAGCUUGUGAGCUCUGAGAUUUUAUUGCAUCCUGAAUUUUGCCAUGGUUUUUGUAUGAAUGCGGCUACCCUAUGGUAACUUUAUUUUCCUUCUUCACUAAAGGAUAGUUAAUACUACUUUAUGUGGCGCAUACCGCACCGACUGCUCUCCAAUGAAUCUUACUGUUACUGUAGUUCACUAUUUAAUGUGGCAAGUUCUGAGUGACAGCCCAGUUUAAGGGGACAUUGUUAUCAAAACCAUGUAUUUUUAUAUUUAAACAAAUCUGUACUGAGGGCGAAGCUAAAUAUAUAUAAUCUUACUCACACACACUCUGUCGAUCAAAAAUGUUAGGACACCCCCAGUUUUUAUUGACAUUUGCACAGUUUAGUGUCUUAAUGUACUCUUCAAUAUAAAGUAGGCCUACAGAACAAAUAUACAGGUGAAGCUAAAAAAAAAUCAUAGAAAUUUUGUUUAACAAAAUGUAGUUAUGGCAAUACUUCUACAAUGAAAAUCAAAUAUAAUUCAGGAAUUCUUCCCAAUACUGUUGCAGAAGUUCCCACAAAUGUUUUGCACUCGUAGGUUGCUUUGCUUCCACCCAUUUGUCUAGUUUAUCCCAAACCAGCUGGAUGGGAUUUAAGUAUGGAGACUGCCGACCAUUCCAUGACAUGCAGCCUGCUGUCUUAAGCAUCCCCUUAAUGGUAGUUCUGACAUAGCUUGGAGGUAUGUUUUGGGUCAUUAUCUUGCUGUAUGAUAAAUCCUUGACCAACUAUGGUAGUAGACCAGAGGGUAUUAAAUGGCGCUACAAAAUGCAUUGUUAGCCUUUUUUUUUUUUUUUUUACAGGGUGCCAGUUACUCUGCAAGUCACUAACUUGGGAUCCAGCAAAAGAGUCCCAGACAUUUCCCCCUCCAUAUUUAACAGUAUAUGUCACAAAUGUUUAUUUUCUGAGUGCUUUCAGGCAUGUUUCAGACCAAAAUUGAAGAGAACAAAGCAACAAAAUAUUUGAUGUUUUGCUAUAAAAAAACAUUUCUACUUAUAUUUUGGGCUUAAACAUGCUGGGAAGUGGGGGCUUUUAUAAGUGGCUUGUAUGUAAACCCAAAAAACCAAGGAACAAUAUUUUUGCUUACUUGACGCCACAAAAUACCCCUGCGUGUUGAACUAGAAUUUUUUUAUUUUGUUCAUGGGUCCACACGCUUCUAGUCUUCAGUAGGCCACUGGCAGUGCUCCAUGGCCCAGAGAAGCCUCUUUUUCAUUGCUGCAGAGCAGCAGUAGGAUUUUAACUCAUUACUUGUUCAAUGAAAAUACUUUUUAAUAACUGAAAUCCACAUUUUUAAGUUUUUGCUAACCUAAAGCAUUUUUUAUAUUUUUUACCUCCAGCAGUUUACCAUUUAUGGUUAUUCACUGGACUAAAGCUGCUUAAAUUUCAAUAAAAAAUGGAAAAAACUGGGGUGCUCGAAUACUUUUGACUGGUAGUGUGUGUGUAUAUGUAUGUGCUAUAUACUUAUAGUGCCCACGUAUUUGGCUUAACUAGCUGCAGCUCGUGGUGUUUAUAGAUCCAAAGUAACUUUCUUGGGUCCCUCUGGACAGAUAGAACAUUGAGGGGUAAAUGUAUGAAGCAGUGAUAAGAUCAAAGAAGUGAGCCAGUAGAGAGGUUGUCCAUGGCAACCAAUCAGCAUUGAAGUAACAUUUAUAAUUUGCAUACUAUCAAAUUACACAGAGCAGCUGAUAGGUUGCAAUGGGUAACUUCUCCACUGGCACACUUCUCCACUCUUAUCACCGCUUCAUACAUUUACCCCUGAGAGAGACAAUGACCACAUCUGACCAUGUUUGUGCUUGUCUGAACUCCUGGACUCAUGUAUGCCUGUUUACAAAAGCCGGGCAAAGCCACCAGCUUUAAUAUUAAUUAUUUUAUUGAUGUAAUAAAUGUGACCACGUUAAAGAA